AUGGCACAUUAUUCGGGAGCUCCAACGAAUGGGUCUGUCUAUGUAUGUAAUUUACCUUCUGGGACCGAUGAGAAUAUGCUGGCUGAACACUUUGGUACUAUUGGCGUGCUAAAGAAAGACAAAAGAAGUGGUCGUCCCAAAAUAUGGAUUUACCGUGAUAAAGCAACAAACGAGCCCAAAGGAGAUGCCACCGUAACCUAUGAGGACCCACAUGCUGCCUUAGCCGCUGUUGAGUGGUUCAACAACAAUGAUUUCCAUGGAUCAAAAAUCGGAGUCUUUCUCGCUGAGUCAAAGAGUAAGGACAACAUGGCGAUUCAUACAGUCGAUCCGGUUGUGAGUGGUGAUCUCAGUGGAGUUGCAGAAGGAGACAAGGACAUUAAUGGCGGUGUUGGGAGAGGUAGAGGUCGUGGUGAAGCCGGCGGGAAAGCAUGGCAGCAAGAUGGGGAUUGGUUGUGUUCGAAUACAAGUUGUGGCAAUGUGAACUUUGCAUUUCGUGGCGCAUGCAACCGGUGUGGGACCGCUCGUCCGUCGGGCGCUGCCGGCGGUGGAGCUUCAGGUGGUGGCCGAGGAAGGGGGAGGGGUGGCCUUGACUCAGGAGGUGGUGCUCGUGGUGCAGGCCCUGCUGGAGGAGGGCUUUUUGGUCCGAAUGAUUGGCCUUGUCCGAUGUGUGGAAACAUUAAUUGGGCAAAACGCACUAAAUGCAACAUCUGCAACACCAAUAAACCUGGAGUUAGCGAGGGUGGUGUGAGAGGAGGACGUGGGGGAGGCUACAAAGAGUUGGAUGAAGAAGAGCUUGAAGAAACAAAACGGCGCAGGCGAGAGGCUGAAGAAGACGAUGGUGAAAUGUAUGAUGAGUUUGGAAAUCUCAAGAAAAAGUUCCGUGCAAAAACACAGCAAGCUGAUAUGACUCAGGGCGUCCCUGGUGCUGGACGUGCAGGAUGGGAGGUCGAGGAACUAGGUGACAAGGAUAGAAGAGAAAGAAGUAAUGACAGGGGCAGAGAGCGUGACGAGAGACAAAGGGACAGGCACAGGAGUAGCAGGGAGUAUGACAGGCAGAGAGAGAGAGAAAGAGACAGAGGUUACGAGUACGAUAGGGACAGAGAUUAUGGGCGCGAACGUGAUCGUGACCGUGACCGUGACCGUGAACGAGACAGGGACCGUGUCAGGUACCGCAGUUGA